GCGGAGACAAGGGUAUGCCUGGGUAUUCCUUGGAAUACCCAAGAUUUCAGCACAAAAAAUAAAUACAUAUACCAAAAUACAUGUAUAUUCUAUUUUUUAAUUACCAAGAUGCAAAAGCCCACCAAGUUGGAGUGAGCAGCCGAACAGCCCAUCAUUUGGCUAGGCCCAAGAGCAAAAGUGAAGAGGCCAUCUCCCGUCAGCUCCCACUGGCCUUGCCCUUUCCUAUUCUGAGCAUCGUGCUCGUGGGCGGCUCCCAAGCGGAAGCAGCGGCGGCGCAUCUCGCUGUGGCCUAUGAGUCUGUGACUGUUCGAGCUGCGGAGGCCACAUCUCAGCCGGCAAGCAGGUAGCCAGUGCGGUGGCGACCGACGACGGGCGGCCGGUGACCAGCAACCAGCAGCCAGCAAGCACCGGCGCGUCAUCGAUCUCAAUUGCAGCAGGCAACUAGAUGAAGAAGAAGGCUACUAGCAGUAUAUUUACAUUAUGGGAGAAAGCAAAGGCAAAAAAGCAGAUUUGGCAUCUACACCAAAUCCUCCUCCUGUUGAGAUCGAGAACAAUUUGCAGAUAGCACUUGUGCAAGCACAGGAUGAUGAUGAAGCACUGGCACAGUCCGCUGUUGAAGCAAAUGAUGAAGCUCCCCAAUCGGACAGAGGCUCCCCAACUCCAAUUGUACAAGAUGAUGCAGCAACUGAUGAAGAGGGUGAAGAUGGAGCAGAUUUGGAAGCACUUGAGCAUGAUCCUGGGAAGCGAAUAGCCAUCUCAAGGUAUGCUGUAAAUGACCAAGAUAGAGUUAGAAGGAGAUAUAUUGAGUUGGGUCCAUGUCAGCCAAAGAAUCAUGAUUUUCCAUAUAGAGACAUAAGUGGUCAUCCACGCCGCUUUUGCCCAGUUUGGUUUAAGCAAAAUAAGUGGCUUGAGUACAGUGUAGAAAGAGAUGCCGCUUUCUGUUUCGUUUGCUAUUUGUUCAAAGAUAAAAGAAAAUGCCCAGGUGGUGAUACAUUUGUGAAGGGUGGGUGGCGAAAUUGGCACCUAAAAUCAAGAUUGAAAAAACACAUGGGUACUGUCAGUAGUGCUCAUGCUGAAGCUCAAGAGAAAUAUGAUAGGUUCACUACACCAAGAACAUCAAUUCGAGAGUCUAUUGCUUCAAACACCACGCAGUACAAAGCUUUAUAUAAGCUUCGUUUGACAUGGACACUCAAGUGCUUAAGGUUUCUAUUGCGCCAAGGCUUGGCAUUUAGAGGGCAUGAUGAAAGUGAAGACUCGCUAAACAAAGGAAAUUUCCUUGAGCUUUUAAAUUGGCUUGCAGGAAAUUUUGAAGAGGUUGACAGGGUGGUUCUAAAGAAUGCUCCACAGAACUGUAAGAUGACAUGCCAUCAAGUACAACAUGAGCUCAUCAAAUGUUGUGCACAAGAGACUACUAAGCUAGUAAUUGAGGAACUUGGUGGUCAAAACUUUGCAAUACUUGCUGAUGAGUCUGCUGAUGUGUACCAGAAUGAACAGCUAGCUGUUUGCUUGCGUUACGUUGAUAAGAAAGGAAGGGCAGUUGAAAGAUUUCUUGGUGUUGCCCAUGUUGAAGAUACUAGUGCUAUGACACUUAAGGCUGCAGUGGAGCAUAUGCUUAUGAAGUAUAAUUUGACCUUUGCAAUGGUUCGUGGGCAAGGAUACGAUGGAGCUAGCAAUAUGAAAGGUAAUGCUAAUGGGCUGAAAAAACUUAUUAUGGAUGAGUCUCCAUAUGCCUAUUAUGUUCAUUGCUUUGCUCAUCAGCUGCAAUUAACUCUUGUUGCUGUUGCUAAGGAGAGUGGGGAUUGCACAUGGUUUUUUGGACAGCUUGUUAUCUUGUUAAAUGUUCUUGGCAAUUCUUGCAAAAAGAUGAGAAUGCUUCGAAUGGCUCAGGCUGAGGAACUAAUUGAUGCAUUAGAGUUGGAGGAAGAAGAAACCGGAAAGGGUUUGAAUCAAGAAAUGGGUUUGGGAAGGCCGUGUGAUACUUGUUGGGGCUCUCACUACAAAACUGUGAUGCAUGUUAUCUCUAUGUAUCCUGCAAUCAGGCGUGUUUUGGUGAAGAUUGGAAAAGAGUAUACUACAGCGGAGGCUCAAUCAGCUAUGACUAUGUUGACAUCAUUUCGGUCAUUCGAGUUUGUAUUCAUGGCACACUUGAUGCAAGAAAUAUUUGGUUAUACCGAGGACUUGAGUAGGGCCUUGCAAAAGAAAGACCAGGAUAUUGUGAAUGCCAUGGAGCUUGUUGAUCUUACAAAGUUUCAUUUGCAGUGCUUGCGGGAAGAGGAAGGAUGGAAUAAUUUUCUUCAGAGGGUUACUUCUUUUUGUGUGAAGUACAAGAUUAAAGUUGUUGACAUGGAGGGUUCUUAUUAUCCUGUUGGGAGGCCUAAAAGAGGGUUCUAUAAUGGCGCAAUGAACUAUCAUCGCUUCCAUGUUGACAUGUUUGUGAGCGUCAUUGAUAGGCAACUUCGAGAACUGAAUGACAGAUUCGAUGAGCCACUGCUAGUGUUGAAAGAGUAUUUUCCACACUGAAUUAUGUGAAGAACAAGCAAAGGAACAAAAUGGGUGAUGAAUAUUUGAACAAUUGCUUGGUUACAUUUAAUGAGAGGGAAUUCUUUAGUCAAGUGAAAGACGAGGAUAUCAUCAAUCUCUUCCAACAAGGGGAUCGUAGAGUUAUAUUGUAGUAAUUGUUACUAUUUUAUAAUAUUUAUGUUUCGAACUUGUACUUUGGUUAUUAUUAUGGAUUCGAUAAAUGUAAUGGCUGUUAUAACUUUUCAUUCACUAUAUUAUAUACAUUUUGCUUCAA